AUGUCUUCAACGAUUAUGAAUGACAAACAUUCGCAACAGCUGAGCCAUUGCAAGACUGCCGAUGACCAAGCAGAGCAGGUGUCCUCGACAAUGCCUCAGGAACCCAAUAGCCCUUCUGAUUUAAACGUCUCAGCCUCUCCACGCAGCUCCUAUUCCAUGGAAGGAAAGAUACAGAAGCUAGGGGGGCUGGAAGCGAGGUUAGCGCAAGAGUACGGCGUGGCAGACGCCGACGCAAUUCGCCAAGAGACCAAAGCCAGAUCUACGUCCGUAGGCGAUCCCCGUUACCACGAAUACAUGCAGCUUUAUGAACUCAACUACCUUCGUCGUCGUAUGGCUAGGACCACGGCGGGGUGUCGAAUUGACAGCCGCAUCCUCCACGGCGACAUCAUCCUCAUCUACUUCGCCGGACACGGCUCCGGCUAUCCUGAACCUGGACACCGGGAAGACGGACCUGAUAACGCUAUAGAGGCAAUCUGUCCCAUCGAUCGUGGCACCGAACUCACCGACGGAACUCUGAUCCCUGACAUCAGCGACCGAGAGCUCAACGCUAUCCUCUCCGUGAUCUCUUCCGCCAAAGGACACCGAAUCACAGUUUUCCUCGACUGUGGCUUUGUCGGAACUCAUUUUAGGGGCUUCCCACCGCCGGGCGCUCGAAGCAUCCGUUCACUAAUGAACCGUGCUUCCCCACUCGAUAUGCUUCGUGCUUCAGACAAGGACCUGGCCCACUUCCCUGGCUAUCAGUCGGUGUUGGACCCAGAUUGGAGUCCGGAUGAGGAUUGUUUCAUAAUGGUGGUAGCGUCUCAGGAGUAUGGGUAUGCGAAAGAGGUACAAUUUAAAGGGCAGGACGGCUUUCAUGGCAUUUUCACGUAUUCCCUUCUCCGCGCGCUGAGAUCCGAAGACCUGCCGGAAUGACCGACGUACAUUGACGUCCUAUUGACGAUGCCGGUGUUUUCUUACCAAACACCGGGGAUCAUGGGGAGUUCCCGUAGGGACAUGCGAGUCUGGUAUCAGGACUAAAGGUAUUCGAAUUAACCAUACUUGUUAGUCCUUUGAGAAUCGAGUGACACCGUAUAACUGGAUAAGAUUGCUUUCGGAUUCCUAUACAAUUCCAACGGAUUCUAUAUAUUAUAAGUGGAUACUCUGGUCUUGCUCCA